AUGAAGCUUUCCUUCCAGGCCGCCACAAUAAUUUCUCUCCUCCUAGCAGGAGCCUCAGCCGAGAAAAGUGGCAUGUUCAUGGCGAACGGCAUGGAGCUCGAAAUGCAUCAAUUUGGUGAAGACAUCAUCUAUACGGAACCGGGACGGAGUCUUGAAGGCCGAGACACCAACAAGUGCACCAGCUGUGUGGGCCAUCACGGAAGCUGUGUUGUCGGUGAUGGAAACUGCUAUGCGCCGGAUGAAUGUGGCUUCUGUGGGGGCUGCAGUGUCAGAGAGGCGCGUUGCCAGAACCCUAAGAAGGAAGGAUGUGUCUGCUACAAAUGA